UAGGAGUGGUGGAAUGCCAGGCUCCUGUCCUGUGGCCUAGGGGCCUGGGGCAUCAUUGGGCCUGCCUUCAGACUGAGGUUGCUCUAUGUUCUCACUGCCUGAGGACAGUGUCCCGCCACCACCUGCCUUCCUUAGGGCCACACUCAGGCUCGGCUUCUCUUCCCCAGCUGUGGCUUCCCAUGGUACCCUGCUGCUUAUGCCACCUGUGGGGCUGUUCCCCUCCUCAGAGAGGGGAAUGGGGCUGGUCAGAGGACCCAGGGAUCACCCUUCCUUUUACUUUUUCCCCCCACCCCCCUGUCAGGCUCAGGUGAGAAGCCGAGGCCAGGCUGUCCAAAGCUCUUUUCAUGUGUAACAGUUCUGAGUCCCUUGACCUCCCCCCUUGGCCUGACUCUGGUCUCGGUUCCACUAAGACAGAGUCCUGUCAUCUUUCCCUACCAUCCCCCACUGGACUGUCUCUCUCAGAAACCCCAGGCAGCCUUGCCUCCUGACCUAACUCCUGGAGAUGCUGGUGUUCUUGGGAGGAAUUUCUCCUGCAUCUUACAUGCUAGAAGCCCCUGGGGCAGGAGGUAGGGGGAGGAAUUGAGAAGAGGAAAAACAUGAAGUAGACACCUAGAGAAGAAGGAUGUGACUUGUAGUAUCCUGUGUCUAAAUUAGGAAUAUGAAUCUGGUUUUUCUACAAGAAGUUUGAGAUCACAGCUGACUGUGUUCCUAAUGCAUCCACCAAACCCAGUUCCAUCUGUGAGCCUCCCUGGCUCUGUCACCAGCCGUUGCACCCUCCCAAUCACAGGAGUCACAAACCUCAGACAUGCAGCUCCUGUCCACACUUAAUAUAUGCAUGCAUUGGAUCACCCAGUCCUGGUCUUUCUGCCUCCAUGGAUAACUGCAUGACCCUGAGAGAAAACCUCCUUAGAUUUAGCAUCCUAGGUUCCUCACACGCCUCACCCUGAAUCCUGGCCCUCCCGCAGCCCCAGCGCCAUUUGUCCCAUCAGUGACCAGAUUCAUAUUCUGGUGUAGACUCUGUUGCCGGAGCCAGUGUUGAGCCAGUCCGCCUCUUCCCCGGGAAGUGCCUGCCCUUCCCUCCUGUUAGGGUUGGCUCUCGAGCUUGUGUGCCAGUUCCUGGGUUGGCCGUGAGAGUUCUACAGACAAGGGGGAAGUGCUCUCGGUGUAUUUCCUGUGGUGGGUUCACACGCAGCUAGACACAGCUAACUUGAGUCUUGGAGCUCCUAGAGGGGAGCUUCUGGAAAGGAAGGCUCUUCAGGACCUCUUAGGAGCCAGGUAGGAGUCUGGGACUACUAGUGAACCUAGACCUGUGGCUCUGGCCAGAGGGGCUAGGAUGAGAGACAGAGGGUGUGAUGGUGGGUGCUGGGAGAUGUAGCCGACCUUGGGGCUGGUGGCUGGGGGAGUGGGUAGCCUGGGAAAGGCUAGGAUGUGGACGGGCUGGUAUGGCAUUGAGCCUGAAGUGGUCCAACUUGGGGUUCCCCAGUGCCUAGGAAAGUUGUCCCCUUGAAUGUCAGUGUGAAGGUGAAGGAGGAAGCAGAUGCCUGUUCAUACGGAAACAAAGACCUGGCUGUGAAGAGGGGAGGCGGACACCAAAGUCCUGACACUUGGGCGGGACAGAAUUGAUCUGUGAGAGACUCUCAUCUAGUUCACACCCUAGGUGAUCCCGGGGGUGGCAUGGGAGUAGAUUAGAGAUCCCAGUCUGGUAUCCUCUGGAGAGUAGGAGUCCCAGGAGCUGAAGGUUUCUGGCCACUGAACUUUGGCUAAAGCAGAGGUGUCACAGCUGCUCAAGAUUCCCUGGUUAAAAAGUGAAAGUGAAAUAGAGGGUCGGGGCAUUGCUUUCCCAGAAGGAUUGCUCGGCAUCCUGCCCUUCCCAGAAGCAGCUCUGGUGCUGGAGAGAGCACUACCUCCCUGUGUGACUGGGUGAGUCCAUAUUCUCUCUUUGGGUCUCAAUUUUGCCUUCCCUAAUGAAGGGGUAAGAUUGGACUAGGUAAGCAUCUUACAAUCAUUUGUGGUCAUGAGAGCUGGGGUGGGGAAGGAUUGUCACUUGACCCCCCAGCUCUGAUCUAAGUGCUGAAAGAGCUCCAGGCUAUGCUACGGGAGGAGAAGCCAGCUACUGAGGAAAAGCCAGCUACUGAGAAAAAGCGGGAGUGGUUUACCAUUCUCCUCCCCCACCUUUCACCAGAGAAGAGGACGUUGUCACAGAUAAAGAGCCAGGCUCACCAGCUCCUGACGCAUGCAUCAUGACCAUGAGACACAACUGGACACCAGACCUCAGCCCUUUGUGGGUCCUGCUCCUCUGUGCCCACGUCGUCACUCUCCUGGUCAGAGCCACACCUGUCUCGCAGACCACCAAAGCUGCCACUGCCUCAGUUAGAAGCACAAAGGACCCCUGCCCCUCCCAGCCCCCAGUGUUCCCAGCAGCUAAGCAGUGUCCAGCAUUGGAAGUGACCUGGCCAGAGGUGGAAGUGCCACUGAAUGGAACGCUGAGCUUAUCCUGUGUGGCCUGCAGCCGCUUCCCCAACUUCAGCAUCCUCUACUGGCUGGGCAAUGGUUCCUUCAUUGAGCACCUCCCAGGCCGACUGUGGGAGGGGAGCACCAGCCGGGAACGUGGGAGCACAGGUACGCAGCUGUGCAAGGCCUUGGUGCUGGAGCAGCUGACCCCUGCCCUGCACAGCACCAACUUCUCCUGUGUGCUCGUGGACCCUGAACAGGUUGUCCAGCGUCACGUCGUCCUGGCCCAGCUCUGGGUGAGGAGCCCAAGGAGAGGCCUCCAGGAACAGGAGGAGCUCUGCUUCCAUAUGUGGGGAGGAAAGGGUGGGCUCUGCCAGAGCAGCCUGUGAACUAAUGCCCAGCAUUCCUCAAGGUCAGCUAGACAAAAAGGAACUUAGGUCUUGGGCAGAGGAGGUGUAGCCUGGGGCAAAGUGAUGAGAUGUCCCUCCUUUCCUUGGCCUGAUCCUUGUCUGCCUUCACUUCCCUAGGCUGGGCUGAGGGCAACCUUGCCCCCCACCCAAGAAGCCCUGCCCUCCAGUCACAGCAGCCCACAGCAGCAGGGUUAAGACUCAGCACAGGGCCAGCAGCAGCACAAGCUUGACCAGAGCUUGGGUCCUACCUGUCUGCCUGGAGUGAACAGUCCCUGACUGCCUACAGGCUGCGUGGAUGAGCAACACACCCCCUCCUUCUCUGCUUUGGGUCCCUUCUCUCACCAAAUUCAAACUCCAUUCCCACCUACCUAGAAAAUCACAGCCUCCUUAUAAUGCCUCCUCCUCCUGCCAUUCUCUCUCCAUCUAUCCAUUAGCCUUCCUAACGUCCUACUCCUCACACUGCUCUACUGCUCAGAAACCACCAAGACUGUUGAUGCCUUAGCCUUGCACUCCAGGGCCCUACCUGCAUUUCCCACAUGACUUUCCAGACGCCUCCCAACUAUUCUUGCUUUUCCCAGACAGCUCCCACUCCUAUGUCUCUGCUCAUUUAGUCCCGUCUUCCUCACCGCCCCAGCAGGGGAACGCUCAAGCCUGGUUGAAAUGCCACCUCUUCAAUGAAGUCAUCCUCUUUCAGCUCUGGCCACAUUCUGCAGACUUCCUAUCUUCGUGCUGUAUGUUUUUUUUUUUUUUUUUUCCCCUUCACUCUAAUGGACUGUUCCAGGGAAGGGAUGGGGGCAGCAGCUGCUUCGGAUCCACACUGUAUCUGUGUCAUCCCCACGUGGGUCCUCAUAAAGGAUUAUUCAAUGGA